GGAGCCCAGAGAGGCGGAGCGGGGGGGCGGUCCAGGGAAGAUCAGGAGGCGGAGCCCGGAGCUGGGGGCUGCUGGCGAGCGGCUCCCACAGCUCCUUAGCUCCAGCGUCCUGGUUAGCUUCAGCGUCCCCGCCACCACCACCGCCGCCGCCGCCGCCGCCGCCGCCGCCGCUGCAUCUCCUUCCUCCUCCUUCGACACCGCUCGUAGCACCGCAGCCCCUCCCGCUAUGGCUGCCGCCGGCGCUCGGCGCUGCCCUGGCCCCAGCUCGGGGCUGGGCGGGCGGCUGAGGCUCGGCUUCCACACUGCACCGCCGCCACCGCCGCCACCGCUGCUGUUGUUCCUGCUCUUGCUGCCGCCGCCGCUGCUGGCCGGCGCCACCGCCGCCGCCGCCGCCUCGCGGGAGCCGGACAGCCCGUGCAGGCUCAAGACCGUCACGGUGUCCACGCUGCCCGCCCUGCGGGAGAGCGACAUCGGCUGGAGCGGCGCCCGCGCCGGGGCCGGGACUGGGACUGGGACCGGGACCGGGACCGGGACCGGGACGGGGACCGCGGCUGGAGCAGCAGCCUCUGCCGCUGCCGCCGCGUCCCCGGGCUCCGCGGGCUUCGCGGGCACCGCCGCCGAGUCUCGUCUGUUGCUCUUUGUGCGUAACGAACUGCCCGGGCGCAUCGCGGUGCAGGACGACCUGGACAACACCGAGCUGCCCUUCUUCACCCUGGAGAUGUCUGGUACAGCAGCGGAUAUCUCACUGGUGCACUGGAGACAGCAGUGGCUGGAGAAUGGCACAUUGUACUUCCACGUUUCCAUGAGCAGCUCUGGGCAACUGGCCCGGGCCACUGCUCCCACACUCCAGGAGCCCUCAGAGAUUGUAGAGGAGCAAAUGCACAUUCUUCACAUUUCUGUCAUGGGUGGCCUCAUUGCGCUGUUGCUGCUGAUGCUGGUAUUCACUGUGGCACUGUAUGCCCAGAGGCGCUGGCAGAAGCGUCGCAGAAUUCCCCAGAAGAGUGCAAGCACAGAAGCCACUCAUGAGAUCCACUACAUCCCAUCAGUGCUGCUGGGUCCACAGGCCCGUGAAAGCUUCCGCUCCUCCAGGCUACAAGCCCACAAUUCUGUUAUUGGGGUGCCCAUCAGGGAGACCCCCAUCCUGGAUGACUAUGACUAUGAAGAGGAUGAGGAGCCACCCAGGCGGGCCAACCAUGUCUCCAGGGAGGAUGAAUUCGGCAGCCAGGUGACCCACACUCUGGACAGCCUAGGCCGGUCAGGGGAAGACAAAGGAGACUUUGAGAAGAAAGCAGCAGCAGCUGAGGCGACACAGGAGACAGUGGAGUCCCUGAUGCAGAAGUUCAAGGAGAGUUUCCGUGCUAACACGCCCAUCGAGAUUGGCCAGCUGCAACCAGCACCUCGCAGCACCUUGAAGAGGAAGAGGAGGAGCAAAUCUCGAGGGGGAAUCAGCUUUGGGAGAAGCAAGGGGACAUCAGGGUCAGAGGCAGAUGAUGAAACACAGCUCACAUUCUACACGGAGCAGUACCGCAGUCGCCGCCGCAGCAAAGGUUUGUUGAAAAGCCCAGUGAACAAGACAGCCCUGACACUGAUUGCUGUGAGCUCCUGCAUCCUGGCCAUGGUAUGUGGCAGCCAGAUGUCCUGUCCACUCACUGUGAAGGUGACUCUUCACGUGCCUGAACACUUCAUUGCAGACGGAAGCAGCUUCGUGGUGAGUGAAGGAAGUUACUUGGACAUUUCUGACUGGUUAAACCCUGCCAAGUUGUCCCUAUAUUACCAGAUCAAUGCCACCUCACCAUGGGUGAGAGACCUCUGUGGACAGAGGACUACAGAUGCCUGCGAGCAGCUCUGUGACCCAGAAACAGGAGAAUGCAGUUGUCAUGAAGGCUUUGCCCCUGACCCAGUUCACAAACACCUGUGUGUGCGUAGUGAUUGGGGACAGAGUGAAGGACCUUGGCCUUACACAACACUAGAAAGGGGCUAUGAUCUGGUGACAGGGGAGCAAGCCCCUGAAAAGAUUCUCAGGUCUACUUUCAGCUUGGGCCAAGGACUCUGGCUUCCGGUCAGCAAAAGCUUUGUGGUUCCACCAGUGGAGCUGUCCAUCAACCCCCUGGCCAGCUGCAAGACUGAUGUGCUUGUCACAGAGGAUCCGGCAGAUGUCAGGGAAGAAGCAAUGCUGUCCACAUACUUUGAAACCAUCAAUGACCUGCUGUCUUCCUUUGGACCAGUUCGUGACUGUUCUCGAAACAAUGGGGGCUGCACUAGAAACUUCAAGUGUGUGUCUGACCGCCAGGUGGACUCCUCAGGAUGUGUGUGCCCUGAGGAGCUGAGGCCCAUGAAGGAUGGUUCCGGCUGCUAUGAUCACUCCAAGGGCAUCGACUGCUCAGAUGGUUUCAAUGGCGGCUGUGAGCAGCUGUGCCUGCAGCAGACACUGCCUUUACCCUAUGACACCACAUCCAGUACCAUCUUCAUGUUCUGCGGUUGUGUGGAGGAGUAUAAGCUGGCUUCUGAUGGAAAAUCAUGUCUAAUGCUCUCAGAUGUCUGUGAGGGUCCCAAGUGCCUCAAAUCUGGCUCCAAAUUUAAUGACACCCUCUUUGGAGAGAUGCUGCAUGGUUACAACAAUCGGACCCAGCAUGUGAACCAAGGACAAGUUUUCCAGAUGACCUUCAGGGAGAACAACUUCAUCAAGGACUUUCCUCAACUGGCUGACGGGCUGUUGGUGAUCCCACUGCCUGUGGAGGAGCAGUGCCGGGGGGUCCUUUCCGAGCCUCUUCCGGACCUCCAGCUGCUUACUGGAGACAUCAGGUAUGACGAAGCCAUGGGUUAUCCCAUGGUGCAGCAGUGGCGGGUCCGCAGCAACCUCUACCGUGUCAAGCUCAGCACCAUCACCCUCUCAGCAGCUUUCACUAAUGUCCUCAAGAUCCUGACCAAGGAGAGCAGUCGGGAGGAGCUACUAUCCUUCAUCCAGCACUAUGGCUCCCACUACAUUGCCGAGGCCCUCUAUGGCUCUGAACUCACCUGCAUCAUCCAUUUUCCAAGUAAGAAGGUCCAGCAGCAAUUGUGGCUCCAGUAUCAGAAAGAGACCACAGAGCUGGGAAGCAAGAAGGAACUCAAGUCCAUGCCUUUCAUCACCUACCUCUCAGGUCUACUGACAGCGCAGAUGCUGUCAGAUGACCAGCUCAUCUCAGGAGUGGAGAUUCGCUGUGAGGAGAAAGGUCGUUGUCCUUCUACCUGCCACCUUUGCCGCCGACCAGGCAAGGAGCAGUUGAGCCCUACUCCGGUGCUACUGGAGAUCAAUCGUGUGAUUCCACUUUACACCCUCAUCCAAGACAAUGGCACCAAGCAGGCCUUCAAGAAUGCGUUGAUGAGCUCCUACUGGUGCUCUGGGAAAGGGGAUGUGAUCGAUGACUGGUGCAGGUGUGACCUCAGCGCUUUUGAUGCCAGUGGGCUCCCCAAUUGCAGCCCACUCCCUCAGCCGGUGCUGCGACUUUCCCCGACAGUGGAGCCCUCCAGCACUGUGGUCUCCUUGGAGUGGGUGGAUGUUCAGCCAGCUAUUGGAACCAAAGUCUCUGACUAUAUUCUCCAACAUAAGAAGGUGGAUGAAUACACAGACACAGACCUGUACACAGGAGAAUUCCUGAGUUUUGCUGAUGACUUACUCUCUGGACUGGGUACAUCUUGUGUAGCAGCUGGUCGGAGCCACGGAGAAGUCCCUGAAGUCAGUAUCUACUCUGUCAUCUUCAAGUGUCUGGAACCUGAUGGUCUCUACAAGUUCACUCUGUAUGCUGUGGAUACUCGAGGGAGGCAUUCAGAGCUCAGCACAGUGACCCUUAGGACAGCCUGUCCACUGGUGGAUGACAACAAGGCAGAAGAGAUAGCUGACAAAAUCUACAACCUGUAUAAUGGCUACACAAGUGGAAAAGAGCAACAGACUGCCUACAACACACUGAUGGAAGUGUCUGCCUCAAUGCUGUUCAGAGUCCAACACCACUACAACUCUCACUAUGAGAAGUUUGGUGACUUUGUUUGGAGGAGUGAGGAUGAGCUGGGGCCCAGGAAGGCUCACCUGAUUCUGCGGCGUCUAGAAAGGGUGAGCAGCCACUGCUCCAACCUCCUUCGAAGCGCCUAUAUCCAGAGCCGAGUGGACACCACGCCUUACCUUUUCUGCCGCAGUGAGGAAGUUCGGCCUGCGGGUAUGGUGUGGUACAGCAUCCUCAAGGAUACUAAAAUCACAUGUGAGGAGAAGAUGGUGUCCAUGGCCCGAAACACGUAUGGGGAGUCCAAGGGCCGGUGAGGGAGGGUAUAGCCCUCCAUGAGCACAGAGACUCUCCAUGGGAGGGGGAGCAGUACUUUCAUGGAUCCUGGGGCCUGGGUGGGCUGGGGAACAGCUGAGGAUGGGCCUGGCAGAUAAGGCCUGCCAGCAAGGCCAAAGUAAACUCUUUAUCUUGUGGAUAGUCAACAGAGAACUUUGUAACUACUGGAAUCAUUCAUUUUUCUUAAGCCUUUUUUCUUCUUUUUUUUUUUCUAAGAUAUGAUUUGACUCUCUCAAAGUCUUUCCUUUAAAAAAAAAUUUUUUUUUUUUUCCCUUAUGGAUGGUGGUUAAUCCCAAGGCAGGAUCUUUCAGGUGGAGACCAAGCAGCCUUUCCUCUUCUUCCUUCCUCCUGCCACACUCACUUUCCUUCCUGCAAUAGACCCCUGAAGGUGACCUUUGGAGAGACAGUUUGAUUUCUUCAUCAUCAGGAAGGAGGCCCUGAGGAAUGUUGCAGUGAGGAAGCUUGGGUCUUUAGGACUUUUUUUUUUUCCAGAUGUUUAUUGAGUUUGCAGGACCCCUGCCUCUUCCUGCUCUCUGUGGGUCUACCCAGAGUCCCUGCAGGGCUUUCGUGCAUUAAAAAAUCCUCUUGUCUCUC